UUUUAUCAGCUGGCCAAUUUUCUUCCUAAUGUUUAUCCCCUUCUGUCAGUGUGUCCCACUAAAGAAACCACCAAACAGGGGUUGGAACAUUCAUGGAAAUCACCUCUCAUCUACUUGCAAUUGCAGGGCUUUUAGUUCCGCUGUUAUUGUACAAUCUAUGGAGGUUGAGAAUUGGCGUUCAGAAAACAAAGGGUAUGUUAGCCCCAGAACCAUCGGGUGCCUUGCCAAUUAUAGGUCACCUUCAUCAACUACGUGGCAAAAACCCACUUGCCCGAACCUUGGCAGCCAUGGCUGACAGACAUGGGCCCGUCUUCAAGAUCAGGUUUGGCUCGAAAAGUGCAGUUGUGAUUUGCAAUCACGAGGCAGUCAAGGAAUGCUUCACUACAAACGACAAGGUUUUAGCAGGACGUCCGAAAUCUACUCAAUCAAAGUACCUGGGUUACAACAACGCAGGACUGGGUUUUGCACCUUACGGCGCAUAUUUGCGAGAGAUGAGAAAGCUAGCCAUGAUGAAACUCCUCUCUGCCCCCCGGCUCGAGACACUAAAGAAUGUGCAAAUCUCCGAAGUGGAUACUUUGGUCAAAGAUCUCUACUCUCUUUGCCAGAACAACAAUCACAGCCCUGUUAAGGUGGUGAUUAGUGAAUGGAUUGAACGCUUAACCUUGAACAUAAUUACUAAAAUAAUAGCGGGGAAGAGAUAUUUUGGUCAUGCCAAUGGCGGAGAAGACGAAGAGGCAAAACGUGCACGGAAAAUUAUCAAAGAAUUUGUGUAUGUAGUUGGGGCGCCUGUCAUUUCUGAUCUACUUCCAUUUCUGGGAUGGAUUGAUUUUGGAGGUCAAGUGAAAUCUGUGAAGCGGCUUGGAAGGGAAUUGGACACUUUAAUAGGAAGUUGGAUUGAAGAACACACCUUGAAGAGGCUGGAAAGAGAGGCAAGCGACAAGCAGGACUUCAUCGACAUAAUGCUGUCAGUAAUUGAGGGCGAAUCCAUGUUUGGCCAUACUCGUGAAAACAUUAUCAAGGCUACAGUAUCGACUUUUAUCUUGGCUGGCUCGGAAACAACAUCUGUUAACUUGAUAUGGCUGCUAUCUCUAUUGUUGAACAAUGAACAUGCUUUAAAGCGUGCCCAAGAAGAGCUGGAUCUCAAAGUUGGAAAGGAUAGAUGGGUGGAAGAUUACGAUAUCAAAGAUAUGGUUUACCUCCAAGCCAUAGUCAAAGAAUCAUUGCGCUUAUACCCACCAGCCCCUCUAGCAGUUCCACAUGAGGCGAUGGAAGAUUGUCAAGUUUGUGGGUAUUAUGUUCCAAAGGGAACUCGGCUGUUAGUAAAUUUGUGGAAGUUACAUCGAGACCCGAGAGUUUGGGAGGACCCUGAUGGAUUUUCGCCAGAAAGGUUUCUCACAAGCCAUGCACACAUUGAUGCUUUAGGACAACAUUUUGAGUUCACACCAUUUGGGUUAGGUAGAAGAUCUUGCCCUGGGAACACAUUUGCCAUGCAAGUAUCACACUUGGCACUAGCUCGCUUGCUUCAGGGAUUUGAGUUAACAACACCAGAGAACAUUUCUGUGGACAUGACCGAAGGCUUAGGCGUUACCAUGCCAAGGACAACUCCCCUUCAAGUUCUCCUCACUCCACGCCUUUCUUCUGAACUCUAUGGAUGCUAGAGAUCAGCAAUAAAAACUGAAGUAUCUGUGGUUGUACUUGUGGUACUUUUACAUCUGUCAUUUUAUUAA